GUGUGACACGGCCCGGCCCGGCGACAUGGCGGCGCCCGGCAGGUGCUGCCUGCGAAGACUUCUGGCUCAGUUUCCCAGCUAUAUUUUUCCCAGGAUUGAUCAACGGAUCUCAGUAGUUUCCUGCCUCGGAAACAUACCGCUAUCCAUUAGACCCUAUGCUGCUGUUAAAACUGCAAAAAAAGGUUCAAAGGAUGCCAAGCAGAAAACUUCAAAUGCAGAGCCAGCAAAAAAAAGGAACACUUACAGACGAAAGUUAGCAAGCAAUCCAGUGGAUGAUGUGUAUUUAACAUGGUUGUAUGAAAGGCCAGUCUAUGAGGCAGAGGUGGCUGUGGACAUGCUGAAGAAGUUUCAGCAAUUGGACUUCACUUACCCAAAACAACAUGUAUAUGCGAACAUCACUCUGGAUAUGAUGCUAGAGAAGAAGAAAAAAGUGGAUCAGUUUGUCGGCACCAUUCUUCUACCAUAUCCUUUUGUAACUGAAAUCAAUAAAGUUAUGGUAUUCACAGAGAAAGCAGAAGAAAUUAAAAUAGCAAAAGAAAAUGGAGCUGCUUUUGCAGGAGGGACUGAAUUAAUCGAAAAGAUUUUGGAUGAUGAAAUCAAUGCAGAUUUUUACAUAGCCGUUCCUGAAAUAAUAGCAAAGCUGCUACCUUUAAAAAACAAACUAAGAAAAAAAUUUCCAAAGACUAAUAGAAAUUCUCUGGGCCGUGACAUUCCAAAAAUGCUGGAACUCUUUAAAGCGGGCCAUGAGUAUGUGGUAGAAGAGGAGAAUCUUAUCGAGACAAGAAUAGCAACGCUGGAUAUGCCUAAUGAACAGAUAGUUGCCAAUCUGGAUGCAAUUAUUAAGGAUGUCUGUACGUACAAGCCAUUGAGCUAUGGCCCAUUUGUGCAACGCUUGGUUAUUCGAAGUUCAACGAGUGAAGGUUUAAAACUAAAUCUCAAGCGUUUUCUCCCUCAAGUAGAGGAAGUGGACAAAGAAGAUGUUAAAGAAACAGAAGCUCCAAGAUAGCCUAUCAGUGUAUUAUACUGCAAAUUCUCUUAGCAUUUUAUGUUCAAGAAUCUCCAGGAGUAUUUAAAAAUGUGUUUUCCUAUUAAUUUGUUUGAUUACUCUCAGAAAUUGGUGGUGUAGCCCAGAUCUCAUCUUAAAAAAAAAAAAAAAAAAAAGUUAAUAAAUGUCAUGUUUGAGAUUUUGUUUUUAAUUCCUGCAGUAUCAAAGGUAUCUUUCGACUUUGAGACACUUGACAUUUCCUCCAUAUGCAGGUGAAAGCUUUCAUCAAGUUACGUUUGUUACACGUAUUGUGAUUUAACCAAAACUUACUUUAUUAUAAAUAACCUUCCAGGGCAAUAGUCUCUUAAUUGUGCAUGCUGAAUUCUCCAUUACUGCUAAUGGGAAUGAUGGGCCCAAUCCUUCAAGGUGCUGGGUAUGCUCCAUCCCGGUUGAAACCAGUGGGAAUAGAGUACUUGGCACUUUGCAGGAUUGGGUCCUGUGUAUGCUUUAAUGUACACUAGUUGCACUAGUUCAUUUUGUUGGAGAUAGAUGUAGGUUUACUAGACAGAAAUGGGUCAAAUUCCACUCUCCGUAACACCAGUAUAAAAAUUAAUAACUCCACUGCUGUCAGUUGGUGUUACUCCUGAAAUCUGCUGGAAAUGUCAUUCUGCUCUGCACAUGAGGUUUACGGGGGAAGAGAUUGCCAAGGAAGUAUAAGCUUUUCUUUGCACUUCUGUGAUACAUGGGCCUUUGAGUGAAGGAUAGCCCCUGGGAUAAGAAGUCCUUAUCUUUUGUUAAGAUGAAGACAUUCUGUUAAAGGAAGAGAGAGAGAUCACAUGGAUAUACACAAAUAUCUUGGUUUUUUUAGUUCUAAAACAGUUAACGACUGGAGCUCGGACUCUAGGACCCUGCAUCUACACUGCAGUUAGACAGCCCCUUGGUCUGAGUUAACUGGCCUGGGCCAGCCACAGGUGUCUAACUGCAGUGUAGAGAUUCCCUGAGAAGCCUUAUUCCCCCCCCCCCCUUCCAUCUGACACUAUAGAAGUCCCCCCCUUGCCCUGCGGGCUGGGCACAGUGAAGCCUGUGGUGGAGUGCUCUUCCUGAGGUCAUCUGUUUGCUUGCAGGGAUUUCCUUGCAUAAGAAUGACAAUAGUUAGCAUUCUCACAUAGAUUUCACAUACAGACUCUGUAACAGCCCUGGGGUUGUAGGACAUGUCUGAGUAAGGAAUGAGUAGUAUCUGGGAGCUGUAUUGCUAUGGGCAUAGUGAUGGGCCAGACCUGCAUAUGUGCACUGCGGUUUGUAGAAUGUACCUGAGUACGUCAGGACAUCUGUGCAGCUGGCAGCCCAGAGCCCCCUGGCAGAACGAUGUAAAGGAAACUCAGUGACUUUCCUGUCUCUUCUGCAGGCUUUACCUGCAUGACCCUUCAAUUCUUGGCCAACAAAAAUGAUUAGAGUUGGCCGAAGGUUUUUAAUUGAGAGCUGGCUUUUUAUUGUGAAAAAUAUGUUAAAAAAAAUUGGUCUGUUAUAAGUAAAUGAAAAAUAGAUAGUUUGAUUACAAAAUACUCAAAAAAUGGGUCUGGUUUCAAACCCUUUAAACCGCCAACAGCUUUGGAAUUUUUUGCCGAAUUAGUGUUUAACUUUUUUGACCAGCUGUAGGGUUAUGCAGUUAGUUGAAUCAAUAACAUUGAAAGCUUUUAGCACCAACUAGCAGUUAAUAUUAAUCCUUGUAAUUCAAAAUUGACCAUUAUAUUUACCUCAGUUUUGAUGUGAUUAAUAUGGUACAUGUGGACUAUAAUUACGUCCCUUUUUUCUCCCCAAUGUACUUUUUCAGUAAAAGCUUUGAGACUGUAGCAUAAGAACUCAUGAAAUUUUAACUAGUUGUCCAAAAAUAAUUUUACUCUACUUUACUGUGUGUAGAAACAAACAAAACCCCCUCUACCAAAGCAUUAUAAACUCACUGAUCAUAACCAGUAGGUGGCAUUCAUCUUCUGUGCAGAACAGUACAACUUAAUUUGUCAUGAUGUGUUUUCUCAAGUCAUCAAAGCACAAAUCAAGAAAAUUGAGGCCAAGAACUUGACAUGAUUCAGAAUGGAAACUGGAUAUUUAUAUGGAUAUCUAGAAAUCUAGAGUUAUUAAUGACAAACAUUUUGGAAGGUAUGUUAAACGUUGUGGUCCAAGGUCUAAGACAAUCUCCAAUACUAGCGAUCAGGAUGAGGCCUAAUAUAGGAGGCAGAUAAUCCCUCAUUCUUCUUCUGAAGUAUCUAACUACUGUCAGACAGGAUGCUGGUCCAGAUGGACCUUGCCACCUGGUCCAUUAACCCCUCAAAUCAAAGGGAGUCCUUCCAUUGACUCUCUGUCAGGCAGUAGGUGAAUAGAUACUGUCUUGGAUUGGAGAUAAAAUCCAGUGAGACUUGUACUGCACAAUACUUUUUUCCUCAAGUAAUCUUUUUUGCCACCAAAAAUUUUAACAAGAUAUGAAUAUUAAAACCUGGGUUAAUUUCAUGUUCAUGAAAGUGAGUGGCUGACAUUGCUAGCAAAAAUAGUGUGUCCAAUUAUGUGAUGUGUUUGAAGAUGUAGACUCUCAUCUACUAGGCUGAAACAACCAACUUACUUUAAAUGUUGACUACAUUAGGAGUUGGACCAAAUUCCAGAGAGUUGACAAGCUAAUCCACUGUAUCACCUAUCCUUAUAGAAAUGUCUGUAUUCUAGUUUAAAGUAGUGGAAAUGUAGAUAUUAAUUAAAACAAUCUGUAAAUAUCAUAGAUAAAAAUGUUUGCCAUUUUUUCUUCAUUUUUAGCAGAAGUUAGAAUAAGUUGUAAGGUAUUUCUAAUAGCACUUGGGAAGCUCUGGCAUAUUAACCUAUAAGCCACCCCUUUUGGCAACAACCAAUGCACAGAAGAGGGUGAAAAUUCAUACAUAGAAUUGUUCACCUUUUCCUGUGAUUUAAUUCAGUUUAUAUCUGUCACCUACUGGAUGCUCUCUGACCACUGGGAUGUGGUGUCCACUGAAUUCUUGUAUAUACUAAUACCAGUAUCCUAGCAACCUAAAGAGCAGGUUUAGUAGAAUGUAUUUGGAGUGCAAUAUGGUUAAUCUCAAACUUAGGCACUGGAAAGGUGUAAGUAUUGAUGAGAAUUUUAUAGUAACUUUUUAGUAAUACCAAAACGAAACUUGUUCCAAGAACUCCCAGGAUAUUUUUGUCUAGCUUCACUAAAUAAACUGUACUACAGUAGCCUCUAGAACCUCCCACUGAAAUUGAAGCCCUAAUGUACAAACACCAUAUAUGACAGUCCCUGCUCAGAAGUCUGAAUGGACAAGACCGAUGAAAGGUGGAAGGGGAAAGAUAGGAAUAGGGAAGUGAAGUGAUGUGCCCAGGGUCACACAACAAUCAGUGACAGAGCUUGAAUUGAAUUUAGGUCUCUUGAUUCACAGCCCAGUGUCUCAUCCACUAGUCCAUACUGACUCUAAAAGCAACAACAAUAAAAAAGGCAAACUAAUUACCAGAAAUAUUUUGUACGCUGAGCAGAAAUUACUACGUUCAACUUUCCUGUAUUAGAGACUCCUGCCAGGAGCACUGGAUGCCUCCAGUGACAAUGGACUCAGGAGCUUUUACCUCUAAUCUACAAGUUCAAAUGCAGGACAAAAGUGACCCAAGAUAACUACCACUGGAAGGCUGCCUGGUGAUCUGUGUUAAGGAGUUGGUGAUCUUAGGUGUGUGCAUAACAAAACUCACCGUUGCAAUUUGUCUCAAUUGCUAUCCUAAAUUGAAGAAAUGGGGUUUGCGUUUAAUUCUGGAAGUGGUGAUGUAGGGCAGUUCUUAUCUUUAGCAGGACUGAGUCCAUGGUCUAGGACCUGUUCUGGUGAUGGAAGUUCUGUCCCCUGUACUCACCGAUGUCCCCCUACUGGUCAGCAGUUUCAUUGUUCUACUCUCAUGGAAGAUCAUAGUCACAGAAGGAGAGGUAAUUCCUUGGGCAGCUAGGGUCAGUCCCUUGAAGGGAUUUGAAUAUCUUGAACUGUCCUCUGUAUUCAGUGGGAAGCCAGUGUGCAGAUCAGAGCACUGAGUUAAUGUGUUCACAGCAACCUGUGUUGCUAAGCAAAUGGGCUGCUGUUUUGUAUUUUUCAGGACAUGACUUCAUUCCUAAGUUAUGUAAAACUGUACCACAACUAACAAUAAGCAUGUCUCAAAUAUAUAACUGUCCGCAGUUAGAAAAACAGAAUUUAUAAGACUUUCGGUAGAAGCAUCACCUGGUGAGUCCUAAUUAUUUCAGCAAAGGAAGGUAAGUGGCACAAAAUGUUUUGCCUGUGGCAUCAGUACACCUGAGGCAAGCUCUGUUUAUGCAGAGAAGGAGUGGGGUGGCAAAAGAGAAAUGGGCAGUGGAUAGGGGGGUCUUUGUCCCUAAAGAGGAAUAGGAAAAUGGGCCUUUCCAAGUUGUGUAGUUCAGCUGCCCUUUGAAUUUGGGAGCCCAUCGAUGAAGGCAGAGACAUCUGUAUUCACACGAUAGAGCAGCAGUUUAAUAGAUAACCCUGGGAACAUGCAAUCCUUUAGAUGAGAAUUAAAUUUGUGCCUGCUAUCUCUGUAUAGGGUUCUGCGUACAUCUAGAAGGAGCUGUCAGUGAUUUUUCAUUUUUUACAAGUGCUGGGUAGAGUAUGAAAUGGUUUACUAUUGAGAAUAGUUCACUCAGACAAAGCGUAUAUUGUGUGCAUUCAGUUUCCAAUAAACCUGCUCUUUUUUAUGCUAAGUAAUGUUAUACAGAAGUAACUUUUAUGAGAUACUGUAAUAUGGAACACUCUAAGCUUGUGAAUUGAAGGGACCUAGCUGUUUUUAGUGAAAGUAGAAGAUAUUUACAAUCAUGAAGAAUGUCUUACAGCAUCUAUUGCAUGUGAUUUAUUCCUUCCCCCUGCUUCAGUCUCUCAGUCAUUUAAAAGAUGGUCCAAUUAAUGAAGCACAAAUAUCCAGAUAAUUUUAUAUCAUUACUUCUGAAACUGUAAGGCUGACCUUCAUAGAGCAGUCCUUUCUUGAAACAAAACAAAACCCUAUAGAGUUCAAUAGUCCUGGUGCAAAAACCAUGUAGUAGUACUAUAUCUGUUGUCAGUUGUAAUGUUGGGAUCAAGGCCCUAUUUAGUUGGGUCUGCGAAUACUUAAAUUGUUUGAUGGUAAAUGAAAUUAUUCUGAUAAAAUUGUAAAAAUAACAUGUCUUUGGGUUGGACGUUAUUAGGGCAAGGUAUGAUUUUACCUGUAUCAGCCACCUAAUUUAGAACACUGAGAUAAUUGUUGUAAGAAGAUGCGAGUUGAUGGAUGUGCUGAUUAGGCCAUUAGCUAUUAUCAUAAAAUAUCAGUUUUUACUAAGGUUGGACUCCAUUACUCAACACAGAAGGCGGACCCCAUACAUUCUGUCUUUUGCCUUUUUAGAAGGCCAUCUGUUUGUGGUAAACCCAGCAAACUUUUGCAAGGCAAUGAUCAUUCAUGCUGGCACUCUCCACGCUGAGAUAAGGUCUAAAGACUACUCACUGUGAGAGAACUGAGCCAUGUUGACUUGGAUCCAGAAUACUUGGAUCAUCUAAUUAGCCCUGAAGCUACAAAGGUGGUCCAUGAGGUGGAGAAAGCAGAAGAUGACCCCUAUGAAAGUGAAGAUUAUGUGGAAGGGGAGUAUUUUCUCCAGAGCAGACACUGACAACAUUGGAAAGUGACAUGCCCCUCCCUUCCCUGGAUACGUCUCUGGAGGAAAAAGAAGUGAAAGAUUUGAGUCAUCAGCUAUAUGCCUGCCUGACCCAGUUUGUUACUGAGACUUCCCUGUGUUCUGAGUUCUGACCUUUUCCAUCAGCUGGUACCAGUUAACAACCACCACAAGAGUUAAAAGAUCCCAAGAAAUGAAGUUUGAACUCUUUCCUUUUAUUGUACAGGAGGGAUACCUCUAUGCUUCAAUGUCUUUCUGAAAGAUCUGCUCUAGGAAUUACUUUGUGGAAGUUCUCUGACCUGUGGUAUACAGGAGGUCAGACUAGAUGAUCAGAAUAGUCCUUUCUGGCCUUGGAGAGAGAAAUUGUCUGUGUGUAAAUGGCACCUUUCAUGGUUUCCUAAAAGUAAAAUAGACGUUUCAUCCAACUAGUCAGAACAUUCUCUAAAGUUAAAAAGUCGUUAUUGAAAGCUGCUGCUGUGUAUGAUUACAGCGGUGAUGGGGCAAUUAAGACUGUAGAAAGGCUUCUGUGCUAUUGUGUGUGAACAUAUCCUGGAACAGCGGCAUUUAUGGAGGAGGUGUAAAAGUGGAAUUUCUGAGAAGCAUUCUAACAGUUAUACUUUCUUAAGGUGGACCAAGAUGGAAUUAACACUUACUUUAGGUGAUCUCACUUAGCAAAGGUCUUAAGACCAGAAUGGACAUUUAUGUUCUAUGGCCAUUUGUGUCCUUCACCAGCUGGUUGGGAUCAUAGAAACUGGCUCUUCCUGAAAUUCUCCAGGAAUUGCAGGUUAGCAAAAGUGAUUCUUCUCGUGUCAACCUCAUAAUUUGAUUUAAUUACCCACUGUAUUGAUUUAUUUAUUGGAUAAUUUGAACCUGUUGAUUUAUUGAUUCAGUUUAAAUUGUCAUUUGAUUUUAAUAAUUGUUUUAUUAUUACAUAGCUCAGUGAUAUGUAUGUUUAGUUUUAUAUGUACUUGCUUAUUCUUAAUAUCCAUAAAAGUUCACAAAGUUGGUUUAUUCUACCAACAUUUUAACAUGGGUCAAGUAUCCUGAAGGGCAAAGAUCAGUAAAGUGUGUGGGAGCAACCUCUCUCUGUCCCUAAAUGACUACCUAUGUCCCACACAUUACAGAUUCGUCUCUAUAUGCAGUUUAAGGAAGCCAAGGAAAGAUGAAAUAAAGAUACUUUAAUUUUUAA